GCUGCUUUGUGUUUGAAGUGCUGAUGGAGGUUUAAGGGCUUUGGUGAAUAUGGGGCUGCAAUGAGGAGGGCGAUCAUCAAUGAGUUAACAGCCAGAGUACCUGGAAGAAGACAGCAGAGUGGUGACGCUGAUUGGCUGAAGUUGGGAAGAGUUGCAUCACUGCUUCCAGGAGGUGGACUUCAUCAAGACACCCUUCAUGUUCAAGUGAAGGGUGGACGAGAUAUAAAUUCCAGAGCUUGACUGUUCCCGACGCAGAGGAGAGAGAAGGAAAGAGCGAAAUGCUUUUCGAGGCGCCUGGUGGGAAACCACUUGCCAAUCGUUGGUGAAGCUCAGCGGACAGUGGGAGCCCUUCGUGUCACUUUUCCAGGAGGGAUGGAGGAGAUGAACACAGUCAAACCGAGCUGGAAAACUCGCAGUUGUAAUUUCAGGAGCAUCAAGCUGUUUGUUCUGUGCCAUGGAAUGCUGCAGUGUUCCCAGCUCCUGUACAGUGCCUACUUCAAAAGCAGCAUCGUUACCAUUGAGAAACGAUUUGGGCUCUCCAGCUUCUCGUCUGGCUUCUUGUCCAGCCUGCAUGAGAUUGGGAACUCACUUCUGAUUGUUUUUGUCAGUUACUUUGGAAGUCGUGUUCACCGACCAAGAUUGAUUGGAAUGGGUGGUCUUCUCCUUAGUUUUGGAGCUUUCUUGCUCACCAUUCCUCACUUCAUUUCGGAACGUUACGAGUAUUCCAAGGCAACAAAUGAAAAUGUAAACUAUUCCAACAUUGACAUCUGUCAUCCGGAGAACCAGACACAAAGCAUGGAAAACUGUACUAAGUUCACAGUACACUCGAACAAUAUGAGCAUUGUAUGGGUAAUAAUUGUCAUUGCCCAGCUAAUAGUGGGCAUUGGGACUGUGCCUAUUCAGCCCUUUGGCAUUUCAUAUGUGGAUGAUUUUGCUAAGCCUUCAAACUCUCCAAUAUAUAUUGCAAUCCUGUUUGCAAUAUCUGUCUUUGGACCUGCUUUUGGCUACUUACUAGGAUCAGUGAUGUUACGGUUAUUUGUGGAUCUGGACAAGGUGAACCCAGCUGCCAUUGAUUUGAAGCCCAGUGACCCUCGCUGGAUUGGUGCCUGGUGGCUGGGAUUGUUAAUAUCAAGCAGCAUUCUGGCCAUCACCUCUGUCCCUUAUUUCUUUUUCCCUCGAGAAAUGACUCCUCAAAAGAAGUCAGGCAGCGAGGCUGAUAUGCUAAGUGAGACGGACGAACAAAAAAUGGAAGAAAUGUCACUCCAAGAAUUCAUCAAGAUGUUUCCCAAAAUGUUUGCCAAGUUGCUGUUGAAUCCAUUGUUUAUCAUUAUCGUGCUAGCUCAGUGCAGUUUCUCUUCCAUGCUUGCUGGUCUCUCCACGUACUUCAAUAAAUUCCUGGAACAGCAGUACUCCACAACAGCUUCCCAUGCAAAUUUUCUCAUAGGAUCUAUAAUGCUGCCGGCUAUUGCUAUAGGAAUGAUCCUCGGUGGGCUUUUUAUGAAGCGUUUCCAUCUCUCCCUGGCGAAGAUCCCCUGGUGCUCAGCCAGUGUUCUGAGUCUGGUCAUUAUUCUGACCAUUCCUUUGUUUUUCUUGGGAUGCUCAACUCAGAAAAUUGCUGGAAUCAAUUAUAGUAAAGAUGGAAACAGGUCCUCUUCAUUCAGUCUCCAGACUGACUGUAAUGCUCAUUGCUUCUGCUUUGAUUACACCUACAACCCAGUGUGUGGAGUUGAUGCUGUGGAAUAUAUCUCACCCUGCCAUGCUGGUUGUACACAUUCUAUCUUCAAUCAAUCCACAAGGAUGAUUAUGACUCACUUGAAUUGUAGCUGCAUUCAGACAUCAAACAAUGAGGACUAUGCUCACCCUGGACACUGCAAAGUCAGCUGCACCCACUUGCUUCUUUCAAUGGUUAUUAGCAUCACUUUAAUUGGAUUGAUAGCUUCACUUACCCACAAUCCUCUCUACAUGACAGUGCUCCGAGUGGUGAGACAAGAAGAAAAAUCAUUUGCAAUUGGGAUUCAGUUUCUGAUAAUGAGGCUAUUUGCAUGGUUACCAGCUCCUGUUCUGUUUGGUGCUGUCAUAGAUUCAACUUGCAUUAGGUGGAAUAAGACAUGCACUGGAAAGAGUGCAGCGUGUGCUUACUAUGAUAACACUUUACUGAGGAAUAGGUACUUGGGUCUACAACUCGGUUAUAAUACCCUUGGAACAUUGCUUUUACUGAUUGCUGGUUGGAAAGCAAAGAAAUUCAGUGCACGUAAAAUUGCUGUACAGAACACAAGGUCCUCCAGUGGAUUUAAUGGGAAGUGACAUGAUUGACCAACCUACAAAUUAUUUUAUUUCUGUAUCUGAAUCAUUUACGUAACAGAACUUUGAUUUCUACUGUUGAUUUUUUCAGAGUUACAAUCAUUACACAUAUUUGACAGGUAGAAAAAUUUGAGCAAUGUGAAGAACCCUCAAUAACAACAACUUGCAUUUAUUCAGCACCUUUAAUGCAGUUAACCAUCCCAAGAUAGGGACGAUACAAAGUAAAAUUAACAUCAAAUCACAGAAGGAAAUAUUAGAUCAAAGCCUUUGCUCAAAGAACAUGGCUGAGCAUCUUAAAGGAGAGACAGACAGACAAGAGAGAGACAGAUGAGAGACAGACAGAGAAAGAGAGACAGAUGGACAGACAGAGCCAGAGACAGACAAGAGAGGCAGAUGGGAGAAAGACAGGGAGAUGAGAGCGAGAGAUACAAGAGAGACAGAUGAGAGUGAGAGACAGACAGACAGACAGAUGGGAAAGAAACAGACAGAUGAGAGAGAGAGACAGAUGACAGUGAGAGACAGACAGACAAGAGAAAUGGACAGACGAGCGAGAGAAACACAAAGACAAACCAGUUAGAGAGACAAAGUGAAACACACACAAACACAACAGAGAGUUGAAGAGAUGGAGAGGCUUGGGGAGCAAAUUCUAGAGUUCGUCAUGUCUGUUGAAAACACAACUGCUGAUUAUGGGGUGAUAAAUGGUCAAGCAGGCCACAACAGGGAGAACUGUUAAAAAAUUUUGAACAUAUUACUAUGCUGGAGGAGUUUACAUAAAUAAGGAGGACCAAGGCCAUGGUUUGAAAACAAGAACAGAAACUUUGCUGGAGCAGAAGUUUAAGUCAUUGUUAUGAUGCAGGGAUAGCAAGCCAAACAAAAUCAAUCUCAGUGUCACUGGAUUCACGACACAAUGAAGUUUAAACAUUCAAUGAGUCUCAAAAUUGCCUAAUUGUUCCUAACCAGACUUUAUGUGUAACAGAUCUUGGACACCAUGUUUAUAACUCAAACAAAAAUGAACAAGAUGUUAAUAACGUAACUUCAGCAGAACUUAGAAAAACUAGGUAAUGUGAUUAAUAUAGAUGAUCUUUGAUCAUAACUCUCACUCACACAGACAAACCGGCACAGUUAAGGGAUAAUUAACAAAGAAAAUAAAAGAAUUGUAAUUUACCAGUUCAAUAAACCAUUUCAAAUGAUGGAUACCAGGCCUUCAUGAAAUCACAAUCAAGUAGAAUUGUAUUUGCUUGAAUUACUAAGUUACCAGCAAACUUCAAGAAAUAUUCCCCCACUUCCUACAGGCUGCGAUUCUUUUCUCAGAACAUUCAACGGCAGUCUCUAGAGCACCCAGAAAUCACUCUCCUGCCAAAGCCCAGUGAAAGGUUUUCUUUUUCCUCUUUCUAAUCAACAUUCCUUGUUGUUGGCUGGUUAACACUGGUCCUUCCUUGACUGAUCAAUUCAACAUCCAACCAGCUGCUAGCCUUGAACAUAUCAGUACUCGGUGCUGAUUCGUCUACUAUGUUCUUAAAACAAUAACAAAGUUGCAUUAUCUUCCAGAUCAGGGCCCAACAGCAAACUCUGUCUCUGUUCUCUUAUUCCUUAAAACAAGCUGCUCUUCAAAGUUCAACUCUUCACCUCAACUCAUAGUGCCAAACCAAAAAAGAGAAAGAUGAAGAAAAGUAACUAUACAUCAGUGAGAAUGAGGGCGAUAGGUGAAGGAAACUUGAUGAGAGUUAGGAUCCAAGUGAAAUAACUCCACAAAGGGCGGUAUCCCUUUUUUUGCACAUGCACAGUACACGACACUAAUCCAGUUAGCAGAGAGCCAGCUCCUAGAGUGACCAGAAAUCCUGACACUCCUGUUAAUAUCUGUCAGCCAAGAUUCCCUGAUUGGACCAGAGUAACAGCCCCAAUCAGGAACUCACAUUCAAUGAGAUCCACCUGACUGACCUCAGUCCAAGCAUAAAACAAGGCAGUAGAGUUUUGAAUGCGCUCUUGUUAGUGUGCAAUUAAAGGUUGAAGGAGAUCCAGGAAUAGUGAAACCUAGGUAAAUCUAUAGAAUCCAUACAGUGUGGAAAUGGCCAUUUGGCCCAAAAAGUCCACAUCAACCCUCCAAAAAACAUCCCACCCAGACCCAUCCCCUUACCCUGUAACCCUACACUUCCCAUGGCUAACAGCAGAAACUCACGCAGACACAGGGAGAAUGUGCAAAUUCCACACAGAGUUGCCCAAGGGUGGAAUUGAACUGGGUCCCUAGUGCUGUGAGGCCACAGUGCUAACCACUGAGCAGUGAAUAUGUGGAUAACUGUUUCAGCAGCAUGGAUAAAGCCAUUCCAUUGUUAUUGGUGGUAGAGGUAGGCUGGUGAUGAUGUAGUAAUCUGGUCCAUUGAUCAGGGUCAAAUUCAACAUCACAUCAGCUUCAUACACUUCUCAGGGAAAGGGAUAGAGUUGGUGUAGAAGGAAUGCAGUUUGCAAUCAUAAACAAAGACAAUAAUUUCAAUCUGAUGAUAUUUACUUAGAGGAACCUACUACUGGAUGUUGGACAAACAGAUCACUUACAAAGUGCAGAGUUCAUGGUGGUGAUGUAGAAACUGGCUGCAAUCAGUAUACAUGGGGAACAUGAUUGUUGUGUUUUCAGAUAAUGUUGCUGAGGGACAGCGUGUAAAUGGGAAAUGGAGAGAAUCAAGAAUUGGUUAUUGGGUGAUUCUAGAGGUAACCAAAGAAAGCAAUAAUACAAUAAUAUAGAAAACAUUUAAAUUUAUUUGAAUGCAAUUCUGUUAAUACAUAGAUGAACAUUUAAACAAUGUGUCAUAGUUGCAAUAAUGCAAUCUAUACAAUACAUGUCAAAAUAUGCCUUCUGUGACCAAAUAGGCAAACGACAUAGUUGAUAUAUUCAAGCUUGAAGGGCAUUAUUGGCACAGCAAUUGACUGUACUCCGUGACAUCACUAGACAAAAUGAUUUGAGGGAGUAAAUUAUGUUGGUUUGUGUAAUGAUGCACUGUUGAGAAAGCUUGUUCUAAUGUAUGAAACUCAUUUAUACCUCCAUUGAAAUAAAUGGGUGUAGCAGAGAAGAUUUCUUUCAAACAUGUGGUUCUGUACUUCUACUUUUCAAACAUAAGUUUCUUAUUUGUUCAUGCAAGGUCGGUGUUGCUUUCCAGGUCAGCAUUUAUUGCCCAUCCCUAAUCGCCAGGAAAAAGGAGCUGCUUACUUAAACCACUGUAUAUCUGUGAAAGAGUGUGAGGGAGAGUGUGUGACAGAGGGAGAGAGAGGGCGCAUCUGUGUGAGAAAGAGUGUGUGAGAGAGCAUGAGAGAGUAUUUUGGAGUGUGAGAGAGUAUGUGUGUGAGAGUGUGUAUGAGACCGAAUAUGAAAGAGUGUAUGUGAGAGAGUAUGUAUGUGUAAUUGAGUAGGUGAGAGUGGGUACAGGAGAGAGGGCUGUGACCUUGCUGUGGCUUUAAAAGGUGUAUUUGGACCCCAAUUUGUUAUGGACCAGAUCAGACUCUCUCAAAAUAUUCUAAGAAGGUAGCCUAGACCUAAAUUUAUCUUAUUUUAAAGGCAAAUGUAAAAUAAUGUCUUUAAGAUGCAAUUUGACUGAUCAAACUACUCGACGACAAGCAAAACACAAACUAUUCAAACACUACAGUUAAAAUACAACAAAAGAAAGAAGAACUUAGAAUAACAACUGUAUUGGAAAACUUAAUAGAAUAUGUACAGUAAAUAUUGCUAAUUAAUUGUUCCAAUACAAUAACAUCCCAUAAACACACCCCUGACAAAAAAGGCAAAUUCAGAAAACAGAUUUUGUCUCAUAUGCAAUCCAGCAGCCUAGAAAGAGAUCACCCAGUUUUUGGCUGUGAUCACAAGAGGGAAAAAUAGCUUCCAUUUCUUCAAACUUUCAACAGCAAGUGCUGAAAGCUAACCAAAAAUCCUUGAUCUUUGAGAGCUUGACCACACCCACUCAGGCCACUUCUAUUGUUCUUUUUUUAAAACCCCAAGGUCUCCCAAGCUGAUUGCUUUAUGGGCCUUCACUAGCCAGCUCAUCACCUCUGCCUUAAAAUUUCUCUUCAAAAAAAAACCAGGACAAAAUAUACCUCUUAAAUCUACAGCAUCAUCACAGUGUGCACAAGACAGUCUAUGCAAGACAGAGUGCAAAAGUGUGUGUGUGAUGAUAGGUGCCUGGAGGAACCAUAGAAUCCCUACAGUGUGGAAGCACGCCACUCGGCUCAUUGAGUCAACACCAACCAUCCAUCACUCCCAGACCCAACCCCCUACCCUACCCCUGUAACCCUUCAUUUCCCAUGGCCAAUCCACCUAACCUGCACAACUUUGAUCUGUGGGGGGAAAGCCCACGCAGAUAUAGGGACAAUGUGCUAACUCCAGACAAUCAGUCAACCAAGAGUGAAUUGAACCCAGGUCCCUGGCACUGUGAGACAGCAGUGCUAAUCACUGUGCCACCCAAGAGGAACUUGUUCUGUCCUGUUUCUCUUGAACGAGGUGUCGUAAACUGGUGACAAAGCAUCUGCUCCAUGGAAAGCAGCAUAAAUAGCUUUGGGUUUUAUUAAUUAGAUAAAAGAAGCAUGAGAGGGUGGCUCGCUCAGUCUCAGGUUUUUAGUUUCACUUUCAGUUGUUGAGAUUGGGAUUUUUGGACUUGAUGCUGCUAGAUGGAAAGCUGGAGUUCUCUCUCUGCUGCUAGACUGUUUCUUUCAGUAUUUCAUUCUGCUGAACUAGAGUGAGAAAAUAGCAAGUGAGGGAUAUCUGUUUUGCUGAACUUGCCUUUGCCGAGACUAUGGUAUGCUAUGUGGGAUGCUGCUAUAUUGGAACGGUUGGUGAUUAGUAGUCAAAUAAUGUUAUUUUGUUAAGCAUUUUGAUGGACUUAAAGUUAUGCCAAUUCUUUUUUCAUUUAUAUUUUAACGGUGAUGUAAAAAUAAAGUGUGUUUUGCUUAAA